AUGGGCAUCAUUAUCCUCUCCAUCAACGCCGGCAGUUCGUCGCUCAAGACAACCCUGUUCAUCGAGGAAGACGACGCUGCCGGCAACAAGACCCUGCGACGGUUGGCCAGCGCCGAGAUAUCCGCCAUCAAUCAGCCUCCAGCCAAAUACAAGUACAAGCGAGGCUCUUACAAAACCAACGACGAGAUCGACCAGAUCCAUGACCACAUCGGCGCCUUUGAGCAUGCUCUCAAUGCUUUCGUCUCGGACAAGGAGAUUCCCGAGGUCACCAAGAAGGAAGAUAUCCUCUAUGCCUGCCACCGGGUUGUACAGGGAGGGCGGUUCCGAGAAGACCAGCUACUCACGAAAGAGACGUUCGACAUAAUCAACAAGCUGUCGGAUCUGGCACCAUUACAUAAUGCUUCCGCGGUAGCCCUCAUGCUCGCCUGCCACCGGCAUCUUCCCAAGGUCAUCAACGUUGCCUGUUUCGACUCGGGUUUCCACCAGAGCAUGCCCGAUUAUGUGAAGUGCUAUGCGAUCGACCAACAGAUUGCUCAAGAGAAGGGACUUCGCAAAUAUGGCUUUCACGGCCUCAGUUACCAGUACAUGACAAGACGGAUAGCCAGGCAUCUGGGGAAGCCUGAGUCCGAGCUCAACAUGAUCGCUCUGCAUCUUGGGAGCGGCGCUUCAGCCUGCGCCAUCAAGAAUGGACAGUCAGUUGAUACGACGAUGGGCCUGACGCCGGUGUCAGGUCUGCCAGGCGGGACUAGGAGCGGCGACAUCGACCCCAGCUUGGUCUUCCACUACACGUCUGAAGCGAGUGCACUCAGCCCGAACAGUACCAAAGACCUCCACAUCUCGACGGCCGAAGAAAUUUUGAACAAGCAGUCUGGCUGGAAGGCACUGACGGGAACCACUGAUUUCUCCAAAAUCGCCGAUCCGAACGCCCCAGACACACACAAGCUCGCCUUCAACAUCUUUGUGGAUCGCCUUGUCGGCUAUAUCGGCAACUACUUCGUCAAAUUGGAAGGCAAGGUCGACGCGUUGGUGUUUGCCGGCGGUAUCGGCGAGAAAAGUGCUUAUUUGCGCGAGGUGGUGACCCAGAAAGUGGCUUGUCUGGGCUUUACGCUCGACAAGGACAAGAACAAAAACGCAGCCGAAGGGGGUGACGUUGUUGAAAUUGGGGCCAGCGACAAAGUGCGGACAAUUGUCUGCGAGACUGAUGAAGACUACGAGAUGGCCUGGAAUACCGCCAUGCAUCCACAACGAGAGACGACUCCGACGAACUGGUAA